CUUGCUAGAACUCGGAGCUUGCCAAUAGGUGCCCGCUACUAACCUACCGCCGAACCGCUGAACCACCGAACCGUUGACCCAGGCACAACAAUAGACCGUCGGUAUUGUUCGGCGAUUCAACUUAGUCUGUUUUAUACUCAUAAUGCGUUGAAAGACGCCGCACGAUAGACCCAAUAUGUCAACCAAAGGCAAAGAACCAGCUGCCCAAAAGGAUGACGCGCCUACGAACCCGAGAGGAAUCCCCCAGGCGCCGUUCGUCGAUAAAGUUGAGGACUACGUUACCUCGAGAGACGAUGUCCAAUCUACUCUGCGCAGUUUUCAGGAAAUGAUCUCUAAAUAUCAAUUUAUGGAACUGAACUUGCAAAGGAGAGUGGCUGGGUUGAAAGACAAGAUGCCGGAUAUACAAAAAACUCUGGAAACAGUCAAGUUCCUCAAGUCGAGGACGGAGGAAUCGGACCCGAUUGAGACGACCUUCGAGCUUAACGACACUCUAUACGCGAAAGCAUCUAUACCCCCUACAGAAGAGGUGUACCUAUGGCUUGGUGCAAACGUUAUGCUGUCAUAUCCUAUCGACGAGGCCGAAACCCUUCUAACGUCUAAACUGGCGGCAGCGAAGCAGAGCUACGCCAACUGCGAGGAAGACCUGGAUUUCCUUAGGGAACAGAUUACAACCAUGGAGGUAGCAGUAGCGCGGGUAUAUAACUGGGAUGUUGUUCAGAAGCGAAAAGAAAAGGCAGAAGAGGAACAAAAAGGGAAGAGCACCGAAGCUGGUAGCGACCAGCCAAACGGAUGAAAUGAUGUGAUAUAGUAGGCCAUUAAGUCCAGCUAACCGGAUGGAACGUGGUUGGUAUCCUCUUCGUUGACGAGGCCUCCUAUCUGUUCACCAUAUCCGAAGCGAGAGAUUAAUGGGAAAUACAUGUGGGUUUAAUCUUAUUGUCUACAUGUGCCGGCGCUGUGAUGACGCAAUACGAGAAAUCUCAACCUGUAAAUGAGUGUUAGGCAAAUUAGAAGGAUAAAGAUUCAUUAUUGGCAUUAUUCUCAUUUAAUACAUAAUGGAUAUAAUGGUCUAA